UACAUCAUAUCAGUGGGUUGUUUCAAGUGGUAUGUUUGAAAGUGUCUCGCUUGAAUGACCUCUCGGAUAGGCAGGUACGAAUGCAGGAACUAGCUGUCACGAUUGAACUACAAGAGUUGCUGUACAGGUGUGUGCGCUCUAUGGAAAAAGCCCUUUGUGUGUUCAUGUUGAUACAAUUCGGAACGUGCAUUAUUAUGACAUGUAUGACGAUGAUGACCUUAACAUUGGUCAGUCACGACAAAGGUCUUUUGAUCAAAAUGUUAACCAUGCUAUCGUACGUUCUUUUUCAUAUCAUGGUAUAUUCUUUGUUGGGCACCGAGCUGAUCACAACGAGCACCUCCGUCGCAGAUGCCAUUUACGGUGUCCACUGGUACCGAUGGUCUAUUCCCGAGCAACGUAUCCUGCUGUUUAUGCUGAGUAGAUCACAACAGAUGGCAAAGCUUACCACGGGCAAAUUUUUCGUUCUGAACCGUCACACUUUUGGAAAGACAAUACAGACAGCAAUAUCAUACUUUACUGUUCUACUGCAGCUUUAUGGAUCGCAGUAAAAGUACUGCCAGUACAAUAGAAUAAUAUAACAUUUCCCAAGUAACAAUUUCAUUUCUGAUUGGAUUUGUUUGAUUUUUAUUAGGGUUUUAUUACAGCAAAAAUUAAAACUCGCAGUUUUAUGACUGCUUUUAUGAAAACCAUUGAUAAAAUGUUUUAUAGUAUACUUGAAGAUAUCCAUAAAGACAGAUUUUAAGAGUAAACAAAACUUUCCGAUUUGUAAACCUUCUGGCAAUCAUUAUUACCACAAUAAAACUGUUAAAACUCUCAACAGAUGGCGAUCUGUUCGAUUAGUAACGACAUCUGUUGGUGGAAAAGCAGAACUACGACAUUUCUAGGUUCAUUGCGGUCAUCAUAAAAGUAAACUUGCUUUCGUUUUAUUUUCGCUGAUUAUGGUUGUCGCCAUAUUGAAGAAUUAGCUAACGUGAAUGGAAAAUAGUUAAUUUUGCUCAAAUUAGCAAUGAAUUGAUAGUUUGCCACCAUUUCCAUAACAUGCUCAAAUAAAAAAACUCUCUCAGCUGAGUUUUCUUGUGAUUCGAGAUAGUUUUACUUAACAAAUUGAUUUGUUUCACUCCAAGAUGAUAAUGUUC